CUUUAAGAUUUCCUCUCCCACCAUCAGAGCUAGCAAUCUUUCGGUCCUUCGAGUCAUUUUUCACUCAAAUAAGUCCUUCAGACUCCAUAUUUCACAUUUGUUAUUGCGUUUGGAAUCAAAAUAGCCAAUCAAACCAUUGUUGAGCUGCUAUUAGCCAUCAAGUGUCCAUGGAAGCUGCUAUUGGAGCCACCUUUGACGCUGUGAAGAAAGUAUCAGCAUGGUAUAGGUAUUCUGAAAAUGUGGAGAUUCUAAAAAUCAAAAUGGAGGAACUGAGCAGCCGAGAGAAUGAUGUGAGGAUGGCGGUGAAUCGGGUAGAAAUACAACUCAGGAAGACGCGGAAGCAUGAGGUAGAAGCAUGGCUAAGAAAUGUAAGAAAGAUCACAAACGAAGUGCGUGGUGUGGAACAGCGACUCCAAGAAGAAAGGGGAUGGCUCUCACCUUUCAGGCUAGGAAUUCUCAUCGUGAACAUGAUCGAAAAGGUGGUCGAGAUUCAGGAGAGGAGCCCGUUUUCAGACAGGUUGGUGGCUGAUCCAUUGCUCAGUAGUGGUAAGGCCUUACCCCUAACACCAUUAGUGGGUAAAACAAUGGCUGAAAAGACUCUCUCCAUAAUUUGGGACCACUUAAUCAAUGAGGAGACUGUAAAAAUCGGCGUCUUUGGUUUGGGCGGGAUAGGGAAGACAACCAUCAUGAAGCACAUCAAUAACCGCCUCAUCGAAGCCCAGCUCUUCGACAAUGUUAUUUGGGUGAACGUGUCAAAAUCUCUUACCUUGGAGAGACUACAAAGCAAUAUUGCAAAGGCUAUCGAAUUAGAUUUAUCUGAUGACAACGACGAAUACAGCAGAUCUAUAAAGAUAUACACUGCUUUGAAGAGGAGGGAGAAGCUUGCACUCAUCUUGGAUGACAUGUGGGAAGCAUUUCGGCUCGAAACAGUAGGAGUUCCCGAACCCAACAAAGAAAAUGGAUGCAAGCUCAUAGUGAUUACUCGAUUGCGAGGAGUCUGCCGAAACAUGGAGACACACAGAGACGUUGAAAUCAAGUUUCUCAAUGAAGAUGAAGCAUGGGACUUGUUCAGAGAUAAAGUUGGUGAUGCCUUGCUUUCUCCUGACAUCAAUGACAUUGCUAAGCUUGUGUGCCAAAAAUGCAAUGGCUUGCCCCUUGCAAUCAUCACAGUUGGACAUUCUCUGAGAGGAGUUCAUAAUGCUUGGGUGUGGCGGAGCACCUUGAAUGAAUUGAGAACUUCGAAAGCUGCUGAGAUUCAAGGCUUUGAAUCCAAUGUUCUAGAGAGGCUAAAGUUCAGUUACCAUCGCUUACGGGAUGACAAUAUCCGAGCUUGUUUCUUGUAUUGUGCAUUGUUUCCGGAGGAUCAUGCCAUCCCCACCAAAGAGCUUAUAGAUUAUUGGAUUUAUGAGGGAUUAAUAGACAGAGCGGGAAAUCGACAGUACCAGAUCGAAAAGGGACAAGCUAUAUUGAAUGCACUCCGGGACUCUUGCAUGUUUGACAGCAUUGUCGACAAGCACAAUGUCGAUUGUGUCAAGCUGCAUGACAUUGUUAGGGAGAUGGCCAUCAGCAUCACAAAGGAAAAACCACGGUUCUUGGUUAGAGCUGGCGUUGGAUUGAGGGAGUUGCCAAGGGUGGAGGAAUGGAUGGAAGAAAUUGAGCGGAUAUCGCUGAUGAAAAACCACAUAGAAGUUCUCUGGGACCGACCCAGGUGCAGAAAACUCUCCACAUUGUUGCUGCGAGAAAACCCUCUUUCUUCACACAUCCCAUCUUCCUUCUUUGAAUCCAUGCCAAAUCUUAAAGUUCUUGACCUAUCCUAUACAAGCAUCGAUUCGCUUCCUUCGUCACUCUCUCGCCUAGAGAACCUCCGUGCACUGCUAUUAAGUGAUUGUUCCAAGUUAGAGACGAUGCCUUCACUAGCAAAGCUGACUAAUUUAAUCGUGCUGGACCUCUCAAACACUUGCAUCAAAGAGCUGCCAGAAGGAGUGGAAGCGUUGGUGAAUCUCAGGUGCCUCGACCUCUCAAACACGAGGAAUCUGCAGAAGUUCCGCCAGGGAGCUUUACCACAUCUAUCCCUUCUGGAAGACCUGUCGACUCACCAGAGCUUGUGGGAGUGGAGAGAAGGAGAUAAGAUCGAUGAGAUCACGCAGCUCAGACGAUUGGUGAAUCUUGGCCUCUCCUUUGAGAACUUUGCCACCUUUCUGGACUACCUUAGAUCCAGGCAAUGGAGGAAACUUGAAUGCUUCUAUUUCCGGGUGGGCCAGGGUCCGUUUUCUCUCGCUUCCUCUAGGCUGGAUUACUCAAUAGAGAUUGUCUCCUCUAGGCUGGAUUACUCAACAGCGAUCACCCACCACUCUCAAGGCACGGAAGAUGGGCCCCACAUGAUCCCUAACAACAAUCUCCAGCUGAACCUCCUAGGAAUCCUCCCUAACAACACACUGCAGCUGAAUCUCCAAGAGUGCAGUGGCAUCACCUCCUUGUCGUCGCUGUCGAACCUGAAGCAGUUGAAGGCAUGCACCUUGAUAACGUGCGAUGAGGUUGAGUGCAUCGUGGAGGAUGGUAAGAACAUAUUGCAGACCUUAGAAGAACUGACCCUAUGGGACCUACGCAAUCUACGGGCAAUUUGCAAAGCCUCCACGCCAAGUGGGACCCUCGCCAAUUUGAAGUCAUUGCAUGUCCAGUGGUGCCAUUGUUUGAGGAAUCUGUUCUCACUGGGGCUGUUCCAGCAGCUGCAAAACCUUGAAGUGAUCAAGGUGGAGCAUUGCCGUCUCAUGGAGGAGAUGGUAGGGGGAGGAGAUGAUUGCAACGGUUCUCCGAAUGUUGUAACACACCCAAAUCUAAAGAUUUUGCACUUACAUUAUUUGCGUGAGUUGAAGAGCAUUUGUGGUGGGACAUUGGUUUGUAACUCGCUAACCACGAUCAUCAUAGAAAACUGCCCGAAGUUGAAGAAUCUCCCUCUUGCUUCAGUUGUCUUACCGCCCAUCCUCAAUGGAAAGAUCUUAGGGAGUAGAAAGUGGUGGGCUGCAUUGCAGUGGGAUGACCCGGAAACAGAGACCCGCCUCCAAACCCUUUUCCAGGAAAAUCCAUAGCGACAUGGUACCUUAUCAAGGUUGGAGUCCUCUCAAGAACUUCAUUUCCAAGCAGUGGCAGUAGUAACAGACGCGGAGCAAAAGGCAGAGCAUAGGUGGCUCACAUGAGAGUUGAAUGGGCCUCUCCUUCGCCUUCAGGAGGGCCUACCAAAGCUCUUUAGAGAAGCAAUUGGAAUGGGUGCGAUUCUC